GUUCUUUAUAGCUGCAUUGGUCAAGAAAUUUAUAUACACAUUGAGGAAGCGUACGUGUAAGUUUUUCACGCUUCGGUGUACAUAAUUUUCUCGAACUGGUACAGCCAAUUCAGCUAUAAAAAACAAACCAAUAAGUUGGAAAUUUGCAGUACUAGCAGUGAAUAUCGGAACGCAGCCUGGAUCUAUGAAUAACCAGCCUUCAUUUGCAUAAUCGUGAAAAUAUAUCGUGGUAUUUUACGGGGCAGUGUGUUCACUACGGAUUGUGUUGUCGAAUUUCUUCUUGAUUAUCCGAAAUUUGUAAUAUUAUUACUAAGGAUACUCGAUAUAUUUUGUGGAAAUGCAAAUUUAUCGAACAAAAAUAUUUCAUUCAAGCGUUAUAGGUUAUGAAUGCAGAAAGGUGCAAGACAACCUAAUUAUCCAUGAUAUAUUUUUGCGCAACUUCGUAUUUAGUCAUAAUUGUUUAAUAUAUAUAAUAACAACUACUUCAGAUCGAAACAUAUGGGAGGAAUAAUAUAAGAAGCAAUUUAUCCAGUCGCGAAUAAAGCCGCAUUAAUUUAUACACGUGUAGUUAUUAUUCUCAUGGCGCGAUUGUCGAAUAGGUCAUACGAGCGUAGUGAUUACGUAUAUAUGUGCUGUAUGUACGUGUGCAUCAUAUUACAUCGCAUCUCCAUGCGACAUGACGCAACACACUGCACGAUAUGACUGUGAAAUAUGUCGCAUUGACAGUCGAGAGAUGACUACAUGAACGUUCGGGAAUAUUUUUCUUGCGGAUAAAGUGUAGUUGAUAUACGCCGCGGUCGUUCGAGGCGCCUAAAUGAAAUCGGAAUAUCGAACAGUGCAUAAAGACAUUUUGAAGUGUGGUAAGUUGGCUGUGCUGCAUCAUCGUUUUAUCGUUGCUGUAACGCAAUUGCUGAGUUGGAAUAUACAACCUCAGCUGCUGGUGGUGGACUCAUUGGUCGUGCAGCAACGGAACUGUCCGAUCGCCGUCUCAGAUCAGUCAGCAUCGGGUGACUCGCAGCAGUGCAGAGACAAAAUGACCGAUCAGCGUGAGCAACAGCAGCAACAACCGCAACCUCAGCAGCAACAGCAGCAAACUAAAGGCAAUGAGGAGCCAAGAACAAAUUUGAUUAUUAAUUAUCUCCCACAAAACAUGAACGAGAAGGAACUCUACAGUCUGUUCGUGACCAUUGGUCCCGUCGAGUCCUGCCGAGUCAUGAAGGAUUAUAAGACUGGUUACAGUUACGGUUUCGGUUUUGUAAACUAUGCGAAAGCCGAGGAUGCUGCAACGGCGAUUAGCACACUAAAUGGACUGCAAGUGCAAAAUAAACGUUUGAAAGUGUCGUUCGCGCGACCUUCCGGCGAAGAAAUUAAAGAAACGAAUCUUUACGUUACGAAUUUACCAAGAAAUAUCACGGAAAGCCAGAUCGACGAGAUCUUUAGCAAAUAUGGCAACAUCGUACAGAAGAAUAUCUUGAAGGAUAAACUUACUGGUUUACCGAGAGGAGUAGCAUUUGUGCGGUUCGAUAAAAGAGAAGAAGCACAGGAAGCGAUCGCGCGACUUCACGGCACAAUACCAGAGGGUGGGUCAGAGCCGCUUAGCGUCAAAAUUGCCGAGGAACACGGGAAACAAAAAGCGGCGUAUUACGCAGGGUGGCAAGCAGGGUACAAUCAAAGUCGCGGAUGCUGCGGCCUAGAGAUUAGCAGCGCUGCCGCUAAAAGGAAACAGGAAGGGGCGGAUAGCAGUAUGCAGACCGAGAUAUCACCUUAGUGCGAGCUUAUCCUCAAGAACAACGUUCCACGCGUACGAGAGAACGAAUUGCUACACUGCUUGUCUGUUCAAAGCACGUAGAUUUUCGAAAGAUUCUUGCGAAUUAAAAAAUUGUACGUAAACAUAUUUCUGCCGGUGAUUAUUGUACGCAACAUCAAAAAUCCGAAUUGAAAUGUCUCGCUGGUCAGUUUUUCUAAUGUUACUUAAGCGGUUAUCAAGGUCGAAUGGUUUCUCUGACUCAUCCUUUCGACAUAGAGAGUGUUGCCCUUUCCCUUUCUCUUCCCUUUUUUCUCUCCCUUCCUUUCCCUUCUUCUAACCAACCGAAGUUCUCCCCAGGAAAUAACAGCGAGACGUUUUGUAUAAAUCGCGCAUCUGUCCCGCGUAUGUUCUGUAUGGGUAAAGAGCGACCCAAGUUCCAUGGCUUCUUUCACAUCACAGAACAAAGACUAAAUUAUUCUAUUACAAAUCUUAUUGAUUUUACAAAUUUAAAACAGAAUUUCAUACAUGGACAUGUGAUAACUUGACAAUUACACAUUGCCGUUACAUAAAAUCAUGCAAAUACAUCUUCGACUUUAUAUAAAUUGAGCGCUACGACCCAUCAUAACGAUUGUUAAUUUUGCAUACACACAUGCAGAAACAUAGACUAAGUUUACACGGCAACGUUAAUCCGGUUUAGUAACAACUGUAAUAAUAACUUCUUUAUAUUCAUGUCUGUUUACACAAAGUGAUUUCAAGCAAUACCCACUAUAGAAUUUAUUUGUAUAAAAUUGUAUAACGUGAGCGUACGUUACAAGAAAAACAAACAGCCAUUUGAAUAUUUUCAAGUUGGCAAUGUAACUGUUAAAACGAUUUUACUGUUCACAUGACUCCUCAAAACCUGUAAGUCCUCCUUUUCUUCAACGGAAGUAAAAUACAACCGGUAUUACAUCGGUGUAAAGCAUAGUUUAUACGACAUUUAACAGUCGUAUGUUGUAAUAUCGGAAGUUACUAAACCGGUUUUAGGCUAUGUAAACUUUGUCACAUAUGAAUUUAUGUAUUUUAUAUUGAAUGCAAUCAAUCAAUAUUAAUUUAUAUGUGUGUGCGUGGAGGAGGUGCACAUGAAGCUUAUCCGAUAAUCCGUAAAAUGUCUGAUUUUGUUACAAGAAACACAAGAAUAACAAUAAGAAUAGCAAUAAGACGUGCUCUCUGGCUACAAACUUUUUUUCAAGUUUGCUAAUAAGAACUUGUUAUCAUAUAUAGUUGCAAAUUAUUUUACUUGUUUCAUUCAAUUAUAAAAAGUAGGAAGAACAAAAGUACCUUUGUUAAAAGUAAACUUUAUUCGCACACGCAAAUGUUUACGGGAAGAAGAAACGUGAUGUAAACUAAGUUUCUUUGUCAAUUUUAAUUAUAUAAAAGUAAUUAUAAAUAAAGAGAUUUUUAUUGACGUCAAAUUUACGU